CACCAAUUGCAAGAAUUUCCCGUUCGUUCGUCGCCAUCGCAAGUUGUAAUCGCUUUGUUCAUCCUUCGCGUGCACGCGUGUUGUGUGAAAUCUCGAGCAGUGUAAUAUACUAAUCACAUAUAGAAAAUGAUUCGCAUUGGCCAGUUGGUGGUGCGAAAUACGCAAAAGGUUAAGGGCAUCGAAAUUCGAAGAUGUCUCUCCGCUGCGCCACAGGUCAAGCAGGCCGAAGCUCAACAGGCUGCACCGUCCGAGGCGGACAAACGACCAAACAUGUCCUUUUUGACGAACAUCUUCCGUGGCCAAGUUCAACCGGCACAGGUUUUCCCCUACCCGGAAGCGCUAGACGCGGAGCAGAAGGAGUACAUUGCCUCGUUUGUCGAUCCGGUAACCAAGUUCUUCGAGGAGGUAAACGAUCCGGUGAAGAACGACGUUAAUGCAUCGAUCGAUGAAAAAACCACCGAAGCGCUGUGGGAUUUGGGCGCAUUCUCGCUAAUGGUGGCGCCGGAAUACGGUGGACUCGGGCUAAACAACACACAGUAUUCCCGAAUGUGCGACAUUAUCGGUGGGCAGGAUCUUGGUCUGGGCAUCUUCAUCGGUGCUCAUCAGAGUAUUGGAUUUAAGGGUAUUAUGCUGUACGGAGACGAGCGACAGAAGGAAAAGUAUCUGCCGAUGGUAUCAACCGGCAAGACGUAUGCCGCUUUCGCUCUUACCGAACCCAGCUCCGGUUCCGAUGCCGGUUCGAUCCGUUGUCGAGCGGUUAAGUCCGCCGACGGCAAACACUACGUGCUGAACGGGUCCAAAAUAUGGAUUUCGAACGGUGGAAUUGCAGACAUUAUGACGGUGUUUGCGCAAACCGAGCUCGAGGAUCCGAAGACGGGCCAAAAGAAGGACAAGGUAACGGCGUUCAUUGUGGAGCGCGGUUUUGGUGGCGUUAGUAGCGGUCCGCCCGAGAACAAGAUGGGCAUCAAGUGCUCCAACACGGCCGAAGUGUACUUUGAGGAUGUGAAGAUCCCGAUGGAGAACGUGCUGGGCGGUGAGGGCAAUGGGUUUAAGGUGGCGAUGAACAUUCUCAACAAUGGACGGUUCGGUAUGGCGGCGACACUAUCCGGUACGAUGCGAGCCUGCAUCCAGAAAGCGGCCGAACAUGCGACGAACCGUGUCCAGUUCGGGCGCAAAAUUGAAACGUACGGUGGUGUGCAGGAAAAGUUGUCCCGCAUGGCGAUGCACCACUACGCUACCCAGUCGAUGGCGUACAUGAUUUCGGGCAACAUGGAUACGGGUUCGUUGGAUUAUCAUCUGGAGGCGGCCAUCUCGAAGGUGUUUGCGUCCGAAUCGGCCUGGUAUGUGUGUGAUGAAGCGAUCCAGAUUUUGGGCGGCAUGGGCUUCAUGAAGGACUGUGGGCUGGAGCGUGUGAUGCGUGAUCUGCGCAUCUUCCGCAUCUUCGAGGGUACGAACGACAUUCUGCGACUGUUUGUGGCCCUCACCGGUAUCCAGUAUGCUGGCUCUCAUCUGAAGGAGCUGCAGCGUGCUUUCAAGAAUCCGGCUACGAACAUGGGACUGAUCUUUAAGGAAGGAUCGCGCCGUGCUAUCCGCAGCAUCGGGUACGGCGGUACGGAUCUGAGCACGUACGUAGCGGAUCCACUGAAACAGUCCGCCAAGCAGUGUUCGGAGUGCAUCGACCUGUUCGGACAGACGGUGGAAUCGUUGCUGAUCAAGUACGGCAAGAAGAUCGUGGACGAACAGUUCCUGCUGAACCGGUUGGCUGAUGCGGCCAUUGAUACGUACGCGAUGGCGGUAGUUCUUUCCCGAGCAACACGUUCGGUGCGCAAGGAUCUUCCCUCGGCCGAGCACGAAGUUCUGAUGACGAAAGCCUGGUGCCACGAGGCCAGCGAUCGUGUGCGAGUAAAUAUACGCAAAAUCAACACCGAUUCGUUCGUGAAAAAUUACGGCGUUAUGUCGCAAAUUUCGAAAAACAUUUGCGCCAACAAUGGUAUCGCGCACAACAAUCCGCUAGAUAUUGAGUAAGGAAAAGGUUUCCCAUCGAAACGACACCGCAGGAGAUUCCUAACAUUUCGCCCCGGAAAGUUUCUUCAAGUGAAUCGAUGAUGAAGGUGGUGCAACAAACGAACAAUAUUGUCCAUCUGCUGUACGGUGAUCGCCAGCAGAACCAAAUCAGGACAAUUGGCAGGAGAUGAGUUGUAGCAAGGUGCUAUGUAGAUGUAAUAGUAUAAUUCUAUUUUGUUUCACCGCUCUUUUUACUCAUAGGACAAUCUUUUCUACUUUUAUGUUUGUACAACAAGUUAGCCCAUUUAUGUGCAGAAGGUGUAAAUUGAUGUUGUUGAAAGUGCCCCAACGAACCUUAAGUUACUGACACAAUUCCACUGUUAGAUAUGUUUUUUUUUGUUUCUCUAUUAGUUAUGUUGCGUGUGUGUGGAAGGCAAAAAUCACCAAGCUCCAUCUAUUAAUGUAACGAACCUUAGGAUUAAUGAACAUGUACAUACAACUGAUGAGCCUCAGCGACAAAGCCAACUGAAAAAAAACGUAAGAUCCACUUAAAAAUAUGAAGGUGGUCGGGCAAUACACGAA